AUGAAUUUACCAUUUUUGUUCAACAAGUAUGUUAUGUCAAUAUUAGGAAAUGAAGAAAAAUCCGAUGAUCAAUGGAGGUGUCGUCAAAAAGGUAGUAGCAAAAAAAAAAGAUUAAAUUCAAAGAGCAAAAAAUCGUUAGAUGUUUCUUCAAAAAAUGCAAAGUUUUUUGGUCCAGCCAUUCCAGACGAUGUUUUGGACGAUCUAUGUUUUCGAUUUCUCAUCAAUAUCCCUGAUGACCAGAAAAAUAUUCCUGUUCGACUGUGUUUUCAAAUUGAAUUGGCACAUUGGUUUUAUAUUGAUUUCUACAGUAGCAGAAGCAGUUCAACUCUAAAGUGCCCUCAAGUGAGCCUGAGAGAUUUGAUAGGGCAGAUAUUCAAUCACUGCGACUUUCUUAUCCAGUACGCCGACAAGGUUGAUAAGGUGUUAGAUGAAUGGCGUGUUUAUAAAUCUGGCGUUCCGACUUAUGGUGCAGCACUUUUGGAUAGUUCCUUAAAUUAUGUAUUGCUCGUGCAGGGAUAUUUUGCUAAGAACAGUUGGGGGUUUCCCAAAGGAAAGAUAAAUGAAGAAGAAGAAGCUACAGCGUGCGCAAGUCGAGAAGUAAUGGAGGAAGUGGGUUAUGACAUUUCUGAUAAAAUUUCUAAUUCCCGUCUUAUUCAAAAUUUAGUAAAUGACACUUUAAUACGACUAUAUAUAAUAUGCGAUGUUCCUACUGAUUUUCCUUUUGCUCCCAAAACUCGGAAUGAAAUAGGAAAAAUUCAGUGGUUUUCUUUGUGGAAUUUGCCGAAGGAUCGAAAUGACUUUGCUGCUUGUGAACAAAUCGGUAUGACUCCUAGUAAUUUCUAUACAGUUAUCCCAUUUGUGAAAGAGCUGCAAGCAUAUGUUACUCAGCUUCAUAAUGGAUGCAGUAAACUAGAACAUGAGGCAGCAGACAUGAUAAGUUUUGGUGAACAUUCAAGUGCCUUUAGUCCGGUGCAUCCGCAACGUAUAAAGAAAAAUAUGAUGGUAUCAGUUUCAAAUCCACAGUUUUCCAUUACGAAAACUACAGUGGACGUAAGUCAUGGAUUGACGCCACAACUUUCUUUUCAUAAUUCUUUUUUAAAUUCAGUAUUUUGCAAACCGUUAUCAACUUCUACUUUACCGGUAUCUUAUACGGGAGCUGCUUUUGUUCAGAUGUUGUCUUCGGGAAAUCUCUCUGCAACUUUCUCAGUUAGCCAGGUGGUUUUCAUUAAGCUGCUGUUCGAAACAAGUUCGCAUUGGCAGAAGAAAGAGUCGACAUUUCUUGUAGCAAUUUCUGGAAUCAAAUAUUUAUGA